AUACUAUUUUUAUAACCUUAUUUUAAGGUUUAAUCGGAGCUUUUUUUCUUGUGUGCGGAGUUUACGACAGUAUUCCGACCUUGUUGACGGCAGGCGCGGAUUUUGUAAACAGAGCUAACGUCCCUACUGUGUCUGAGAGCCUCUUCGAGUUUUUGAUUAACAGUUGUUCGUGUGUUAGGGUCAUAUUUCCGCUUUGUUCAUUGUUUCAUUUGUGUGGACUGUAGUUGGUCAAGCUUUGGUUACUUUUUGGCUCUUUGUGAAAGUUUCUGAGGGCGGAUACCGUGUAGCUAGCCACGUCAGCUAGCAUGCUAACAGAGUGGGUUGACAGCAGCAGUGACGCUGCCCGCUGGACCGGCUGCUUCAUGUGAGAGCGGGCAUGCUAGUAGCGCGCCUGCUCGGGAGAUCUGUGUUUUUAUCGGGACUACGGCAGCCGGGGGUCCAACGGAGGUUUUUCUGUGCGGCGCAGAGUGUCCGGUUCCAGGACACACCGCAACAGGAGGCGGACAUGAUCCGGAGCCGAAGUCAGAUCAGGCGGGUCCUUUGCGUGGCCGAGAAGAACGAUGCCGCUAAGGGCAUCUCCGAAAUUAUGUCCAACGGCAGGGCCAGGAGGAGGGAAGGAAUGUCCAAAUUUAAUAAAAUCUAUGAGUGUGAAUAUAACCUCUUUGGGCAGAAUGUGUCUGUCACAAUGACAUCAGUAUCGGGUCAUUUACUGGGUCUGGAGUUUAAAGCUCCGUUUCAGAAAUGGCACAGUUGCAAUCCGGUGCUGCUGUUUGAUGCACAAGUAGAGAAAUAUUGUCCAGAUAAUAUGUUACAAAUUAAGCGGACUCUAGAGAAGGAGGUGAGGCAGUGCCAGGCCUUGAUCAUCUGGACUGAUUGUGACAGGGAGGGAGAAAACAUUGGCUUUGAAAUCAUAGAUGUUUGCAAAGCAGUGAAGCCAAAUUUACAAGUCUUUCGGGCAAAAUUUUCUGAGAUCACCCCCAACUCAAUUCGAAGAGCUUGUGAGACUCUAACAGAACCCGAUGCUAACGUCAGCGAUGCUGUUGAUGUCCGCCAGGAGCUGGACUUGCGUAUAGGUGCAUCCUUCACUCGAUUCCAGACACUUCGCUUGCAGAAGAUCUUCCCAGAGUCCCUGGCCAAUCAGCUGAUCUCAUACGGCAGCUGUCAGUUUCCCACUCUGGGUUUUGUGGUGGAGCGCUUCAAAGCCAUCCAGGCGUUCAUAUCUGAGACUUUCUACAAGAUCAAAGUGCUCCAUGAGGUGGAGGAGGACUGUGUGGAGUUCAGUUGGAAAAGAAACCGUCUCUUCAAUCACACAGCUUGCCUAGUGCUUUACCAGAUCUGUAUGGAGGAUCCCAUAGCAACAGUCACCUCAGUAACCAGCAAACCUAAGAGCAAAUGGAGGCCAUUGCCUUUGGACACUGUGGAACUGGAGAAACUGGCUUCACGGAAGCUCAGAAUAAGCGCCAAAGAGACCAUGAAAAUUGCAGAAAAGCUCUAUACCCAGGGGUUCAUCAGCUAUCCCCGCACAGAGACGAACAUUUUUCCACCAAACUUGGCUCUCGCCCCGCUGGUAGAGCAGCAGACACAGAGCCCGGUCUGGGGGACGUUUGCCCAGCGGGUGCUCGACCAGCCGGGGGGGCCCAACCCACGACAGGGCAAGAACUCCGACCAAGCCCACCCUCCCAUACACCCCACUAAGUUCACUAACACGCUGCAGGUAGGCAAUGAAGGACGUCUGUAUGAGUUCAUUGUCCGCCAUUUCCUGGCUUGUGUAUCCCAGGAUGCUCUGGGGCAAGAAACUGUUGUGGACAUAGACAUUGCCCAGGAGAAGUUCUCCACCUCGGGACUAAUGAUCAUUGCAAGGAACUACCUGGAUGUUUACCCUUAUGACAGAUGGAGCACAAAGGUGAUUCCAGUGUAUGAACAAGGCUCUCAGUUCCAGCCCUCUGCUAUUGAGAUGGUGGACGGACAGACGAGUCCUCCGCAGCUGCUCACUGAAGCUGACCUUAUAUCACUGAUGGAGAAGCAUGGCAUUGGCACAGAUGCAACCCAUGCUGAGCACAUUGAAACCAUAAAGAGUCGCAUGUAUGUGGGCUUGACAGCUGAUCAGAGGUUCACUCCUGGAGAGCUCGGCAUGGGACUAGUGGAGGGUUAUAACUCCAUGGGCUAUGAGAUGUCAAAACCAAAUCUGCGUGCCGAAUUGGAGGCGGACCUCAAGCUGGUAUCAGAAGGUCGAAAGGACAAAUGGAGUGUACUGCAGCAUCACAUCCAGAAAUACAAGACCGUCUUCAUUGAGUCUGUCAGGAAAGCAAAGAAGUUAGAUGAAGCCCUGUCUCCCUAUCUCGGUGCGGCUCAGGAAAUCACUGAAGCAGAGCAGCAGGACAUGGAGAUCCCGCUGCCAGUGAGGAAGUGUCCUAACUGUGGUCGGGAUAUGGUGCUGAAGAAGAAGAGGGAGGGAAACAGUAAGUACCUGUCAUGUGUGGGUUUCCCAGCCUGUAAGACAGCCGUGUGGUUCCCCGACAUGGUGCUCGAGGUCGACAGAGAUGAAAGCAUUUGUCCCACCUGUCAGCCACAUCCUAUUCAUAUGUUGAAGUUCAAGUUUCGCAGGGGUAGCCUUCCUCCCAUGAUGCCUCUGGAAUUUGUUGGCUGCAUCGGUGGCUGUGAUGAGACCAUCCGAGAAGUACUGGACCUGAAAUACCUCAGACCGGGGGGAGGAGGUGGUGGUGGCACAGGAGGUGGAGGAGGAGGAGGUGGAAGAGGAGAUGACCCUCAUCCACCACCUCCAAGGCCACCCAGACCAGAUCCAUCCAGAAGCCGAAUCUCCAAUCCUCGCCCUUCUCUCCCACCUGUCCCCUCCUGGACCCCACAGCCGAUACCUCCACCAUGUGGCAGCGGUAUGAAUGUAGACACCAACAAUGAUGCUAUUGUGUGCAACUGUGGUCAGGAUGCACUUCUCCUGACUGUGCGCAAAGAGGGCCCUAAUCAAGGCCGUCAGUUCUACAAGUGCAACGCCGGGAGCUGCAACUUCUUUCUAUGGGCAGAUCAGCCGAGUCAGCAGGGGGCGCCACAGAAUCAAGGGCCACCGCUUCCAGCACCGAUGACAUCCCAGCCUCCGAGGCUAUCUCUGGGAUUCAGAAACACACCUGUGGGAGGCAGAGGGCAGGAAUCGAGUGCAGCAGGAAAUGUGGGACAGGUGAUGUGCGACUGUAACGAGGCGGCUGUGACACGCACGGUGCAGAAGGAAGGUCCAAACAAGGGUCGCAUGUUCCACACCUGCGGGAAACCAAGAGAGCAGCAGUGCGGCUUCUUCCACUGGGCUGAUGAGAAUGUCCCUCCACCAGGUGGUUUUGGUGUUGGAUUUAUUGGUGGUGGAGACCGAGGGAGGAAGGGAAGGAAGAUGAUGGGAGAUUCGAGUGCUAACAGACCCCCCGCUGCUAAGAAACCCCGCACCUGCAGCAUCUGCCACAUGCCGGGACACACCCGAAUCACCUGUCCUCAGCGAUGACCGCUGUCUGCGACUGAAGCCCCACCCCGUUACUGGGCAGAGUUAAUGAAGUCUGUGACUUCUGUUUUAAAUAUUCAUCAACUUGGAGCAUAAGUGCCUCUUCACAAAGGGUGGGGACCGCUGUGAAGCAAUGGGUCCAACAGGAUAAGUACAGUUUUGAGCAUAACAUCAAAGUCAUGUACGGCUCAAAACAAAAAAAUUUUAGUUUCCACUUGCAGUGUGCCACGUGUUGGCCAAACCGAUGCCAGAGUCAGUUUGUGUCCAACAUGAACUGCAGCUCUUUUUUCAGCACUGAGCCCUUAGCUGUCCUCGGAUCUGUUCUAGAUGAAUGGCUCUUCUCUGGAUCUUGGGAGUAAAGAUAAGGACCUGUUAAUACUGAAGUGUAAAAACCAAAAACUAAUCAGAAUCGUACUCGGACCAUUUACGCUGGAGCAUAACAGCACACAUAAAACAAACUCUCAGAGACGCACACUGAGGUGUUGAACUAGUUUUAUUACUUGCUUUUGUAACCACAGCAACCUGAAAGCGCUCAGCAAGUAAUUGAAAAUUUGCUCACCUGGCCUUGGAUCAACUGAUCCUCUACUCUGCUGUGUUUCUCUGUUUUUACAAUCCCGACAGCUUGACUGAGAUCAGCUGGAGAAUUCUGACUCACAAGCAGCGCUGCAUUUGACAAAUAAACACCGUCUUAAGACAGCGUAUGUGCGCACAGUUCGUGGCCAAUUCAUUGUGAUGUAUUGAUUUCUGUUCCUGAUCAUUUUUGUGUGUUGAUUUAUGAAGGUGGAAGAAACAGCACAAUGUGCCUUUACACUGCAAACAGAAUGAGUGCAGAAAGAAAAGUGGUUGGAUUGGUGGCUGAUGUUAACGCUGAUAAAAGCUAAUA